CUGGCUUUGCGUAAUGCCUUGCGUUACUUCCCACCUGAAAUACAAAAGAAGCUGGCACUGGAAUUUGCUGAAGAGCUCAAGCUGUACGGCCAUAUUUACAUGUACAGAUUCUUUCCAGAUAUUGAGAUGAGAGCAUACCCCAUAGGAGACUACCCUUGCAAGACCAAAUCAGCUGCUGCCAUUAUGUUGAUGAUCAUGAAUAAUCUGGAUCCCUCAGUGGCUCAGUUUCCUCAGGAGCUUGUCACUUAUGGAGGAAAUGGGCAGGUCUUCAGCAACUGGGUGCAGUUCUGGUUGGUAAUGCACUAUUUGUCAGAGAUGACUGAAGAGCAAACACUAGUAAUGUACAGUGGACAUCCUCUGGGACUCUUAAGCCAUCAGUAUGCUCCUCGAUUAAUCAUUACUAAUGGCAUGGUUAUUCCAAACUAUUCCACCAGAGAUGAAUAUGAGAAGAUGUUUGCUUUGGGAGUAACAAUGUAUGGUCAGAUGACUGCAGGGAGCUACUGCUACAUUGGGCCCCAGGGAAUAGUCCAUGGGACUGUGCUCACAGUGCUCAAUGCAGGCCGUCGCUACCUGAAGGCAGAAGACCUGUCUGGAAAGGUGUUUGUUACUUCUGGUCUUGGUGGGAUGAGUGGGGCUCAAGCAAAGGCUGCAGUCAUUGCUGGGUGUGUGGGGAUCAUUGCAGAGGUAGAUGAAGCAGCGCUUUUGAAACGUCACAAGCAGGGAUGGCUGAUGGAAAUUUCUAACAACCUAGACCAUUGCAUUGCUCGCCUUAGGUAUGACUUGUAACAUAAUUCAGUGAGUUUAUCUCUGCUUCCUAAUCCUCACUUUACAUCUUUCUGCAUUGUGCUGUUUUAG